AUGCCGUGCCAGGCUUUACAAGUAUUAAUUUUGUGGUGUCUGUUAUGGGUAAGUUGGAAAAUUACAAGCAUGAAGUUCGUCACUGCCAUUUUAUUUCCCUUGAAGUAAACCAUUAUUUUAUUUUGUUUAUUAAUAGUGUGUUUUCUGAACUCUAAGAGAAUGCGGUCGAGUCGGCUAUCAUUGCAAAACAGUAGCAUGUGUGUUUUGAUUAUGACUGCAGUUUUCCCAAAACUGAUCCUCCUUUAUGCAAGAAAUAGUUCCUCUCAGACUUUUCUCCCUGGUAGAAGGGUGUGAGCACAACAAAGUUUGCAAGCUGCCUCCUGUAUCUCUGUCUAAAAUGAAAUGUUUCUGAAAAGCUUUUUCAGUGAGGAUAUAUCUGUAAAAGUGACAUGUUAUGUUUACCUGAUUUUAGCAUGGAAGUGGAAAGACCCUUGGGGCAUCGGUUGGAUGCCAACCAACGUAUGUGUUUCAUUCCACCCUGAAGAGAGUGGUUAGGGAGAUUAUUCCUGGCAACCUGGUCGAAUGGCCAGACCCAACCCAUUUAGGGGUAAGUUAAAAUGGAGACCUUGAGGGUGGGUGCUUAAAAUGUUUUCAAUAUUUUCAGCAAGUGAUAAUAUUUGAGAUAAUGACAAAUUAAACAAUAACAAGUUUUUAGUUUUGCUAUUAUUAUUUUGGCUUUCAGAGUGGGCCAUGGAUGUGUGUUGGAGAAAAGCGCUUGUUUGAAUAAAUAUGAGAAAACCUCUGAUUCUUACACUCUGCCAUUGUAAUGUAUCUUAUUGAGAUGUGAAUUUUCACAACAUCAUCCCUCCCCUGCACCACUCAGGUUAACCAUAUUUAUAGCAGAUCUCACAAAAGGUUUGGGAGCUCCUAAUAAUUAUUAUAAUAAUGUGGCCAUAUUAUUUGAUUGGUAGGUUUAUCUGGUCAACAUAGGUGACCUUGCUUCUGCAAAGUGGCCUGCAGCGAAGCCCAAAGGAAGACAGUCCAACUAA